CUCUUGACCCACUGCGCCUCCCUUUGGUACCGAGCGAUCAUGUCGCCCUAAUCACGACUUGCAACCUGAUACACUGGGUGUUGCUGCUUGCGGACGUCACACUGCCAAAACUUUGCCUUCCUCGAAAAAAAAAAUCGAGCUCUUAAGGCUAACUCAAUACCACUUGCAAACAGUGCAACUCGCAGCGACCUGGGCCAUUGAAUGAAUUGGUGCAUCAAUGGCUCUGAACUCCAAGGAUACCUUUCUUAAGGCGCUACAACUGUCGCCUAACCUUGACGAUGAGGCAAUCAGCAGAGACAUCUCCGCUAUAAUAACAGCUGCAGUUUAUGAUCCAACACACCAACCAUCUCUAAAGAAUGUAUACGAUAAUAUUCUUCAAUACCAAGGGGGUCCAGCCGUUCUUGAACCCCUCGACAUAUUGCCUUAUCUCCUGCGGUGCCGCCGUAAAGAAGCCGUUGACCUCAUUAGCCUGAUUUCUGAAAACAGCAGUCCGAAGGAGGUGUUGAUUGUCAUCCAGGAAACUCUGGAACAGCUACCCCAGCUACUAGUAUACCAUGGAGAUGAAGAUGAAAAUAAAGAGGAUCAUGUUGCUGAAUCUGUCCAGUGUCUCAUCAGCGUUAUCGUGUUGUCAACAAAAUCUGUGCCUAGAUUAACUCCUGGAAAAAGGACUGCGCUGAGCGUAGUAUCACCUUUGGUUUCCUGUGUUGGUUCAUUGGUUUCUUCGCUAGGAAGCGACUUCACGCGGGAUAGUGGUCGUUCAGUACUUUCAGCGGUCUCUCGCAUGUCGGAGGCGUUCUAUACAUGGAUCUUCAAAACUGGCAGCGAAGAAAAUGCUGCAGAAGCAAAGAAAAUUAUCAGAGUUCUUCUGGAUACGACUGUUCUGGCAUGUGCGUCAUGCAUCAGAGCAUCGUUAUGUGCCAGAGCUUUCGAGACGCACUAUCCUCGUCUUACCUUAUCUUCUGCAAUCGAACCUGAGUGGCAAGAAGGGGAGCAGGCCAUUUUGAGCGUACUGACUACUCUUCGGGCAAUGGCUCUGUCACCACAGGAUAUCUUGGAUAAUCCGAUAAAGAGCUCUCUAAUUAUGCUUGCUCAUGAACAAAAAAGCCAUCCCCUACCGAAAGAUCUGUUCGCCAAGUUGCAUUCAGUGCUCAUGACCUCAAUUCAGAUGAAUUUCGCCCUCGACGAGUCUCUCUUCCUUAUCUUUCGCUGCAUCACGCAAGAUCGCACACAACCCGACUUCCCACCUGACCUUGCCUUGUCACUAUGCAUAGUUCUUCCCGUUUUGGCAAGCACCCAUCUUGAUCCAUUCAUCAGGCAUUUCAGUCUUCGUUUAAUUGCGCUCAUCCUUGCACAACUGCCACCUGUGUUGCAGCAGCAGAUCUUGAUAACACUAGCGUCUGAUGUGGAGUUCCCCCAGAUGCGGGCGGCUGCCAUUGGCCUUCUCAAGGAAUGUGUUAUAGAAGCACUGCAGUUCCCCGUAUCGUCAGAACAACAAAACUUCUUUGCAUCACCACUGCUUAUAAGAUCCUUCGGACCGGUCCUGUUCAGGACAAUGCCGCCUGAUUACUUGUCGACGGUCCGGGUGGCUAGCGACAUUGAGGAGUCCUUGGAGCCCUCUCGGAUCGCAGAGGUGCUAUCGUUUUACUAUGUAUUACUGCAACGGGACAAGGACAACAAGACUGGUAUACGGGAUCCAGAUAACAUCGCGAGCGUAGAGUGGUCACUACUGCGGCCCUUACGUUCCUUCCUGGAAACGUGGUCGAAUGCUGAAGCUAAGCCUAUUCUUUCUGUGAUCUCCCUGCAGAUUGGGCUGGAAAGAAUAGAUUAUGCUGUACAGACCAUUCGAAGCCGGUAAUUAUGCAACACACUAGGUCGCCGAAUGCUCGGAGUGGGAUAAUCUGAAUGAGCAUCGAUUUCCAAAUCAGUGCUUUAUUUAGGGCUUUUAUGUAGUAGUUGUUCCUACAGAUAACAAUCAUGAUUCAGAACUUUCGACAUGCCUCUGAUAUCCUCGAGCAAUUCCCGGUCAUGUCCGAACGUGAACUAUUACUAAUUGGGUCGCUUAUGG